AUGGUCAUGACGAGGAUACCCUUCCUCCUCCUUGUUGCGGCUGCCUUGGAAGCAGUUUGUAUCCAGGCAAUCGGGGAUGCAGUAGUGGAUGGAUCAUCUCUUAAUUCCCAGCCGAGACGGCGUUUGUUGCUAGUAGAAGAUCCUGCAAAUGCUACCACGACUGCCACGAAAGGAAACCGAACCGGCGCUAAUUUUCUUGCUACCUACAAGGGUCGCUUUCAGAUCAUUGCCGAUGGAUGUGAUGGUCCUCCUCCCGUGGUCCAAGCAGCAUGUGGCGGUAGUCACAUCAAUUUGAUUUCUGUGAGCGACGUCAACAACAACCUUGCCUGCCAAACUUCUGACGAGGCAGACUUGCCAGAUGGCUUUGCAUCCGGAUUGACGUGCCAAACAUUGUGUGUUGAUGAUGAUCAUGAUGACACUGAUGAUGAUGAUGAUGAUUGUGCUGCGUCCUUUGCCAACAAUGAUGGAAGCUACACGGUUGCCGAAGGACCCUGGGCAGAAGUUGUCUAUGAAUGUUUGGGCGUCACAACUAAAGAAGAAGUAGAUACGCUGUUUCAAUUUUUGGAUACGGGAGGAGGUACUUGUUUCUGGAGACUCUUUUUCGACAAUCAACUGUAUCAUUUGGCACAGCUGGGUGUCAUGUGUUCAUAUACCAGCACGAAUAAUGAGUUUCUUCAGAAUGGGUUUGAUGAUCUUCUGGAUGGAGAGUUGGCCAUUAGUCGGGCGGAAAGCAUUCCCUUUGAUUUUGACGAUGCCUACUUUGAAUGUAGCCAAGGCGAUGAAGCCGCCAUUGAUUUUGAAGGUCCUUACCAAGAUGAGGUUCUAUGUGCUGUUGGAACGAAUUGCAACGGCGAAGACUGUGAUGUGUCCUUGCACACCAUAAAUAUCCAUUCGGAUGUGCAUCGAUUUGAUAAGGAGAUGUGUAUCACUUUGUUGAAUUCGAACGCGACAAUUAUGGAGCAAGAAGAAAACACAAGUAGUGAAACCAUUGCUGCUGCACCCCAUGGCAGCUACACCAUGCGAUUCCAAGCAGGAUGGUCGCUGCUCUUCAAAAACCCAGACUUUUGGUAUGACAUUGAUGACAUUCGAUGUGAACUUUUUGGAGAGGACACGGAUUUCAUCUUUCCAGCCGAAGAAAUCGAUCCCUUACCGCCCAUUCAAAUGAGCUGCCCCAAUGGAGUCAUUGAACGAGUUGAAACCCAAGAUGGGUUGGCGGUUGAUUGCGAAAAAUAUCGUGAGGAUACUCUUGAAUGCACCUAUACAGACGGUGCAGAUAAUUGGGUUACCUUGAUCAAUUCGUUCACAACCGUUGUCUAUGAAUGCACUACAAACUCUGAGUACCCGACAACAAUCGUGACAUAUCCCAACAACACUAUUACCUGUUUAGAUGAUGUUUAUGAUGAUCUGGUUGUGGGGCAUGCCUUGCAAAUUGGACUCUAUUGUCGCUCAGACGACAAUUCACAGGAUGGUGACUACCAAUUCGAUGAUUUCUACUAUGAGUGUGGACCAGAAGAUCAAUAUCUACUCUUGGAUGGCAAUUCGGAUAGUUUGGGAGAUCGAUUCACUUGUCUCUCUGCAGUUUCCAUUCCGACAUCGGACCUAAUCAUGACAGUAGGAGGAGUGAGCAUGAUGACUGAAUGGCGUAACAAUACGACUGGGGACAGCAGUGGUGGCACGCCCAAUCCCCUCUGUUAUGAGUUUUCAUCGGAAGGAAGUGCAAUGUUGGCCAACAAUGCUACAGACCCAGCAAUCAGCGGUAACGCGACGACAGCUCCAUAG